GGAACUAAUAAACAAAAUAUAAAUGUAACCUCCUCCUAACGCGAUAUUUAUUCCUACUGUCAAAUGUAAGGGAGAUAUUAAAAAACGCGUAAAAUGCGAAUUAAACGAUGGAGAAUAAUGAGGAAUCGUUGAGCAAUCCAUGGGAGUCGUUGCCGACUGCGACCAGCUUCGACGGAGGUAAUGACAUAAGACCAACAGCACGUUUGGGUAAUGGAACCAGUAAUCAAAACCAUCGACAUGUAGUGAACACUUAUUCAGCUUCUACUAGCCUGUUAAUUGGUUCUUUGAUACAGCAGCUAUGCCUGAUGUUUGAAGCCGAUGCGACGCACAGAAACAAACUGUACUUUGCAAUAUGUGAGAAAUUGUACGAAUUGAAGCUGAUCGACAAUUCCUACAGUAUGAUAGAGUUCGAGCCGAUGAGAAACCAAUAUCGCCAAGCUUUGUACCAGCUAUUCGCCGUCGCACGCGCUGCAACCGGUUGCGAUAACAGUAUCUUAAGAAGAAUACCCAGCCCAUUAUUAAUAACGGAACGGUCGCGGUAUAACAAAGAGUUCGAGGAGAUCAGCUUAAUCGCGUCCGGAGGGUUCGGAAACGUGUUUAAGGCUCUGCACCGCCUCGACGGUAUCGAAUACGCCAUCAAGAAGAUAAUAGUACGCUCCGAUCGGGUGAAGAGCAUAGUGGAACGGUUGGACGAAGUGAAGACUCUCGCCAGAUUGAAUCACGCUAAUAUAGUGCCAUACAAAGGAGCAUGGAUCGAGCCGACCCUCCCCUCUACGAGCUUCCGUUUGAUAUCGCCUGAACAGUCUUCCGAAUCGAACGGGUCGGCGAGUAAAGGAAAGGAGAGUUCGACGGAGAACAGCGAUGCGACGAACUCUAAAGGGAACUCUAAGGGGAACUCCGGGUCGAACGGGUCGGCCGGCGGGAGAAACAGUACGGAUCAUUCAAACAGUAUAUCGUUCCGUAGCGAAGAAGGCAAUGGGUAUGGAGAGGACAAAACGAAGACCAGUGUUUCCUAUGAGGAGCGUAGCAACGAUAAAAUGCUCCUGCCGUACGUUUCACAAACGAACAAGAGGUACACGACGUUGUACAUUCAAAUGGCCCUGUGCGAGAAAACGCUGCAACGAUGGAUGGACGAGAGGGUAGGAACCACGCCGCAGGCGAUGAUCGUCGCUAUAUGGACGCAGAUCAUCUCCGGGUUGGAUUAUAUACAUUCCCGUGACAUCGUACAUCACGAUAUUAAGCCCAGUAAUAUAUUUAUAUCGACUGCUGGUCAGUUGCAAAUACAAUUAGGAGACUUCGGACUGGCGUGUCCCCUGCGUAGGGAGAACCACGGUUCUGUGUUCGGUACGCACAUGUAUGCGGCGCCCGAGCAACUCCAAGGGAAAUGCGAUCCCAAGAGCGACGUGUACAGUUUGGGAAUAGUCCUCCUGGAACUGUUGGUACAGACAAAAACUCGGAUGGAGAGGAUUGAAAUAAUCAACGGAUUGAAGAGGGGGCAGUUGCCGACUGCUUUGGCUGCUACUUAUCCCAGAUGGGCACACGUGGUCAGCCAAUUGGUUCAAAUAGAUCCAAAGAAGAGACCUACCACGAAUCAAUUAUUAUUGGACCUGAACGAAGAUAAGGAUACAAUCAUAGCCCGUUUAAAGAACGAUCUCUCCGAGAGGGAUAAACUGAUAGAGGUAUUAGAAGACAGGAUAUCUAGGCUACAACAGCAGAUUACCAAACAUGAUAAUAACUCAAGAAAUAUGUAAAUUAUUUUGUUUUUAAUGGGUAGAAUAAAUUUUUUUUAGAAUUUUC